CAGUAAGUGGCGGUAAUGCACCAUAACGUUGGAUGCCAACCGCCGAUAAAUCCCACCGAAGAAGUAGAAGCUGUUUCGCCAUUCACCUCAGGAAGAGAGACCCCACAGACUGACUUAAAAUUUAGGGAGAUGGCAGACAGUGAUGAUGAAUAUGAUCGCAGAAGGAGAGACAAGUUCCGUCGUGAGAGGAGCGACAACUAUGACCGCUCCCGAGAGAGAGAGGACAGGCGUAGGGAUGACUGGAAUGACAGGCGCCCAUCUGCCAGGGAGUGGGACAGGGGCAGGGAGCGUCGUAGCCGGGGGGAGUAUCGGGACUACGAGAGGGGUCGAAGGGAGAGGUUCUCCCCACCCAGGCACGACAUGAGUCCCCAACAAAAACGCAUGAGGAGAGACUGGGAUGACCAUGGCGGAGAUCCCUACCAUGGGGGGUAUGACUUGGGCUAUGGUGGUGGCGGAGGCCCCAGCUACGCUCCUCCACAGCCCUGGGGCCACCCUGACCUGCACCUCAUGCAGCCUCACCAUGGCAUCCCCAUCCAGGCAAGGCUAGGUAACAUCCAUGAUAUGGACCUGGGCCCACCUGGGCCCACCUUCAUUCAAGUGAUGAAGAGCUUUAAGGAGUUCCUGCUGUCCCUGGAUGACUCUGUGGAUGAGACUGAGGCAGUUAAGCGUUAUAAUGAGUACAAGAUAGACUUCCGACGGCAGCAGAUGCAGGACUUCUUCCUUGCUCACAAAGAUGAAGAGUGGUUCCGAUCCAAGUACCACCCGGAUGAGGCGGGCCGGCGGAAGGCGGAGUCCCACAGUGCCCUGCAGAACCGGCUGAAUGUCUACAUGUUCCUAAUGGAGAAAGGCUGGUUCGACACGGUCUCCCUGGACAUAGAGAAGGCACAGGCUAUCAUGAAGGUCUUGGAUGCAGCUGUGAUAAAGAUGGAGGGAGGGACAGAUUAUGACCUGCGCAUCCUGGAGCUUCCGUCUGAGGAGGAAGAGGAAAGAGGGAGAGCUGACAGGGCGGCAGCUGGUGGUCCGGGAACUGAGCCCCCCAAAAAAGAGGAGCCUAAGGAUGUGGACAAUGACGGCAAACCCCCAGCUGACAAAGAGAAGGGGGAGAAUGAUGCCUGCAGCAUGGAGAAAGGUGCAAACGGUGGUGGUGAGGCAGCAGAAGGAGGGAGUGAGGGAGAAGAGAAAGAGGAGGAAGGAGAAAAAGAGAUGAAAAGCAAAGAGGUUGUGCCUGAACCUAAGAAGCUGAGUAAGAAGAGGAAGAGGAAGCACAGUGGAGACAGUGAAGAUGAUGCCAGUGCCUCUGAGAGUGACUCAGACUCGGACUCCAACUCCCAUCAUUCCUCUGAUAAACCUGCCGAGAGGGAGGAGGGUGAGGAAAAGGAGGAUGAGGGUGAGGAAGGGGAGGACAAGGAUGAAGAGGAGGAAGAAGAGUGUGAAGCUGACAGAAAAAAAAUCAAAGACGAGAAACCAAAGGAAAGGGAGAAGGAAGAGAAGAAACCCAAGGAGGACCAGCCCCCGAGACCCCGGCCUCUCCACAGGACCUGCUCUCUAUUCAUGAGGAGCAUCGCCCCCACCAUCUCCAAGGCAGAGAUCAUAGCUCUGUGUCGGAGAUAUCCUGGGUUCAUGCGAGUGUGUUUGUCUGAUCCCCAACCAGAGCGCAGGUUCUUCCGUCGCUGCUGGGUGACGUUUGAACGUAGUGUCAACAUCAAGGAGACCUGCUGGAACCUCCAGAACAUCAGACUGCGUGACUGUGAGCUGGCUCCGGGGGUCAACAGAGACCUGGCCCGGAGGGUCCGCAACAUCAAUGGUAUCACUCAGCACAAACAGGUGCUACGAAACGACAUCAAGCUUUCAGCCAAACUCAUCCACUCCCUGGACCACAGAGGCAGGCUGUGGAGCCACAAGUCCCGUGGAGAGGCAGUGUCUGCUGUGGAGGUGGCGGCUCAGAACCCCAUCCUGAAGAACAUCACUGACUACCUGAUAGAGGAGGUGAGCGCUGAGGAGGAGGAGCUUCUGGGCAGUGUGGGUGGAGCUGAUGCAGAGGAGGGCACCAAGGAGGGCUACCCAGCCGAGAUCACUGUGGAAAGGGACGACAAGCUGGUCAAGGUGUUGGACCGUCUUCUCUUGUACCUGCGUGUUGUCCAUUCCAUCGACUACUACAACAACUGCGAGUACCCCAGCGAGGAUGAGAUGCCCAACCGUUGUGGCAUGAUCCAUGUGCGGGGGCCCAUCCCUCCCAAUCGCAUCGCACACGGGGAAGUGUUGGAGUGGCAGAAGACAUUUGAGGAGAGGCUGAGCCCCCUGUUCAGUGUGAAGGAGAAGCUAUCGGAGGAGGAGGCAGGAAAAAUGGGCCGGAAGGACCCGGAGCAGGAGGUGGAGAAGUUUGUGUUGGCCAACACCCAGGAGCUGGGCAAGGACAAGUGGCUCUGCCCCCUCAGUGGCAAGAAGUUCAAGGGCUCAGAGUUUGUGCGCAAGCACAUCCUGAACAAACACGGGGACAAGAUUGAGGAGGUGAAAAGGGAGGUGGUGUUUUUCAACAACUUUCUCAUGGAUGCCAAGCGACCUUCCCUCCCAGAGAUGAAGCCCCCUCCUCCGCUCGGCCCAGGACAAGUUCUCUCUCAAGGCAUGCCCUUCCCUCCCCAAGGCCUCAUGGGCUUCGGGCCCGGUCAGCCUCGUCCUCCUGUCAUGGGUUACGGAGGUGGACCUCCUUACCCACCAAACCAGUACGGAGGCGGCCGGGGUAACUAUGACAACUUUCGUGGACAGGCUGGUGGCUACCCUGGUAAACCCCGCAACAACAGGUGAGACCUUGAAUGUCCCGGGGAGAUCCACGCAACAUCAUUGAAUACCGUGACCUCGAUGCACCUGAUGACAUCGACUUCUUCUAGACUAUUCAUUUUAUUAUUUAUUUUGUUUUUAAUCAUUGUGUAAUUUCCCUGUCUCAUCCCCUUAUGUAAAUUAAUGAUUCAUAAGCAUUUAUUUUUUAUGUCUGCAGAGCAAAGGCUCGGUGCAAUUGGAACACACUUGAAUUGUAAGAAAUGUUCUCAAUAAAAACUAAUUUGACAUUA